AUGACGACGAGGUUCAAGAAGAAUCGCAAGAAGCGUGGCCACGUCAGCGCCGGGCAUGGGCGUAUCGGCAAGCACCGCAAGCAUCCAGGCGGUCGCGGAAACGCCGGAGGUAUGCACCACCAUCGGAUCCUCUUCGACAAGUACCAUCCGGGGUAUUUUGGUAAAGUCGGUAUGAGGUAUUUCCACAGGCUGCGCAACAAAUUCCACUGCCCCAUCGUCAAUCUCGACAAGCUGUGGUCACUUGUACCCCAGGAUGUGAAGGACAAGGCCGCCAAAGGAAACGAGGCCCCAUUGCUCGACGUCACCCAGUUCGGCUACUUCAAGGUGUUGGGUAAGGGCGUGUUGCCUAGCUCGCAGCCGUUGGUUGUGAAGGCCAAGCUGAUUUCUAAGACCGCCGAGAAGAAGAUCAAGGAGGCUGGUGGAGCCGUCGUGCUCACCGCUUAG